AUGCCGCCGCCACAUGGCUUCCCUGACAUAAUCAGACGGCCGGGCACAGCAGUAACCACCUCGCCGGAGCUGCUCAAGCCGCCCCUUCCAACUCUUCCGACCAGCUUCUCACAGCACGUUCGCGACACCGAGGUCCAGGUCCCGCCUCUGAUUGCCGGCGCUCUCGUCGCCGCCUUUGCAAACACCCUCGCCGAAGGCCUCGACAAUGCCCUUCUCACCCACUACUAUCUCGAAGACCAAAAGGUCAAGAUCAACCUCGACCGGGUCAUCGAUCGCCUCAUCUCCGACUUCUGCGGCCAGAUCUGGGACGAGCUUUACAAAUUCUACCACAGCGACGAGUCCGCCUCUCGGCCAACCAGCCAGGUCAUUCUCCUCUUCGAAGGCCCCAUUCGCCAAAUUAUCCUAAUCCUAAAUGGCCCCGAAACUUCGCGCUGCGUCCUCGACCGCAUCGGCCCCAGCCUGUCACAACGCAGUGUGAGUUGGUCCGCGAAUGCCGGCGGGAUUGACCUGCCCCUAGCCCUGCAGCUGGUAUGCGGUUUCUGGCAUCGUGAAUUUCCAGACGUCUCUCCAGGCGGCUGCCCAGAGCAAAUCGCACGGACCCUGCAUUCUCUCAUCCUCGAUGGCCAGGCCUCACGGCGUCUCAUCUCCGAAAUUGACCGCGUCCUCCUCUCUCCUAAUUAUGUCCAAGUCCACAUGGCCGAGUCAGCCAUUUGGGACGUCAUUCGCAAACGACCCUUUCCUCCACCUAGCGACGGAUAUCAAUUAAUUCAAUUCAAAUUCGACUGCCAGCUUUUUGGCCCCCUCGACGGGAUUGGCGAUCCUCAGCUCGUCAAUCUUGGCUCUUUACCUGCUAUUACCGGCACUGCCGCUAGUUGCGUCUACACCACUGUGGCCGAAUACAUAGACACCCGGUGGCCCAAGUGCGGUCGCCUACUACUGAAAUGCCUCGAGGAUGCAGUCACCAACGCAUCCGCCUCGCAUCAAUCCGGCGAUCCCUGCCCGGGCAUGUCAGUCUGGGAUAGCACCGAUGAAGACGCCGUCUUUUGCCCUGGCCUACGCCUAAUCCACCUCGAAAUAGAAGAUAAUGCAAUUCGCGUCAGCGCCUCGGCUUGGACGCACACGCUCAUUGAGAUUUUCCAGCAAAUGUGCUGGACGUGUGCCGCCCUCAGCGCAUCCCCCUUCCCGGGCGGCUCACUAUCCGAAUGCGCCGUUGCUGUGUCAGACUGGGCCUACCAGGACGGUUCCGUCUACAUGGACUGUGGCAUAACACAUAAACCAGUACAAGAAGGUGAAAGCAUGGCGUGGCUGGAGCAAUUUCAUGGGGCGGCGAUAGCAUCUGGUUUUCCACUGGCGGGAUUCUCAAUACCACAAAACACAUGA